AUGAGCAACACCAACAUUGGGCAUUGGUCUGCCGUGCUCGUCUUGGUGUUUUUCUUUAUUUCGAGUGAGGAUAAAAGGAGGCACUAUCUGCAUCUCAACUUUAUCACUGUUCCGUUCUUUUCUUUCCUCGUCCUGCUUGCUGCUGGAGCCAUUGACGGAAAGGUCGUGCAUGAUGGUAUUGUUGGUGCUAAUGGUGUCAAGCCGUUGGAUAUCAUGGCAUUGUUUAUCUCGCUGGCUUAUUUAUCUAUUUCACUGGAUGCAACGGGACUGUUACGAUUUCUGGCAUUUUGGGUCGUGCAAAAGGGCGGUUCCUCCGGACGCAGGCUAUUUACAGCUCUAUAUGUAUUUUUCCUCCUUUGUGGUGUCAUUGUUGGUAAUGAUCCAGUGAUCCUUUCUGGCACAGCGUUCCUAGCGUACCUCACUAGAGUAUCUGGCAUCACGAAUCCAACAGCCUGGAUAUUCUCUCAAUUUGCCGCGGCUAACAUGGCAUCAGUAGUGCUCGUCUCAUCCAACCCCACCAAUCUAGUCCUAUCGGGCGCAUUCUCCCUGUCUUUCACGACCUACACAGCACAUUGCAUUCUGCCCUUCCUCGGCGCUGCAGUUGUCGUGUAUCCCGUCCUUAUCCUGGGCCUCUUCCGUUCCGCCGAGCUUAUCCCCUCCUCGAUCGACCUCAACAUCACAGAGACUGAGGACAUCAGAGAGACGCUGAUCGACAGAACGGGCGCAAUAUUUGGUAGCAUUCUGCUUCUCAUCACGCUGGGCGUCCUGGUGGGCACGAGCACAAUCGGCAUCUCAGUGUGGGAAGUGACCGUGCCACCUGCAAUCAUAAUGCUCCUGCGGGACACGUAUCACGACUGGUCUCGAAGACCCCAUCCAAGCCAGGACGGCUAUCGCGCAAGCAUAUCCUCCGGGCUGCAGGAGGACCUGAACCAUGCCGUCCAGCCGAACAGGAUGUCGAACAAGCCUCAGAUAGAGCUGCAGGGCCUCCCUGCACGGCUCUCUUCUCGCCCCUCCUUGGAGACGCUUUCGCAGGCUGAGCCAGAAGCCCUGCUGCCGCUCGCCGAGCGUUACUGGGCACGAUUCUCAUUCACGUUUCCGACUGUGACAGCGAUCGCGAAGCGGCUACCAUUCCCUCUCCUCCCGUUCGCCUUCCUGAUGUUUAUACUCGUUCAGGGACUAUCAUCCCAGGGCUGGGUCGAGCUCUUCGCUCGGUGGUGGGCGGCAUGGGUCCACAGGACUGGGCUCUUGGGCGCCAUAGGCGGCAUGGGCUUCCUUGCGUGCAUGUUCUGCAACGUGUGCGGCACGAACAUAGGCGCGACCAUCCUGCUCGCACGCGUAAUACAACUCUGGGCAUCGAAUGACGGCCCGGUUGACGUGCGCACGAAGGAGGGCGCAAUAUAUGCGCUCGCUCUGGGUUCCAAUUAUGGCGCAUUUACGCUCACCUUUUCGGCCUCUUUGGCAGGCUUACUGUGGCAUCGCAUCCUUCAACAAAAAGGUAUUCAUGUCCGCCCGAGGCAGUUCCUAAUGCUGAAUCUGCCGAUUUCCAUCAUUGCCAUGACAUGUUCUGCUGCCAUUUUGUUAGCUCAGAUCUAUGUAAUUCAUGGACAGUAG